UAAAACUGUCUUCUGAUCAUCUGCCCUCCAUCCACUUGCUAUAGCUGGACUCAAUUCCUCAUUUUCUUCCAUCCUUAGGGAUGCUCCUGUGCUGUUGUGGAGGGAGGAUGUGGUUAGUUCAGGAAGGAGAAGUGCAUAGAGUCUGCACUUUGCUUUCCGGCUUUUCGUUUUAUCCUCUCCCCUGAUUCUGGCAUAGGGGAAGAGAAGGGUAUGGGUAAUUUUUUACAGGUAGUGCCAAGGAAAGUCUCCCAAGUUCUGGACUCAGACACUAAUAGAAUUAUUAACUCUUGCCAUUUCUCAAGUUCCUCCACCACAGGGGCCACAUGACUGCAAGUUCGUUAGUACCGUUGGGGGUGAUGACGGGUGUGAUUGAUGUAGAAGAUUAAGACUCAGGAGAUUUCUCCUAUCUGAUGUCUGAUUGAGUUAUGAGGCCUCUGAGAUGUGCUGUAGAGAGCCCACAGUGCUCCUGCUCACUGGCAGACUGCUCACAGACCUCCAGUCACCCUCCUGGCUGUUUGGUCUCUCUGGAUAGGCUCUUUCAUAACCUGUGUUGCUGACCCAGCUUGGACAUAAAAGAGAAUUUGGACAUUUAUUUGUGUAUUCUAAGAAAGAACGAGCUAUGAAGCCAAGAUUGUGGGGGCCACUCUUCUGGACUUAGCUGAUUUCUGAUGGAAGAACCACCAGCAGAGCUGAGGAAGCUCAAGUUUCAGCCUGAGGCAUGGGCCAGGGGCCAUGGUGACCUGAGACCAGUAGAUUCUGUCCAGUGCAACCUGUUGCUCCUUCUGCCUCUCCUAUCCUGUACUGAAAGAAUUUGUUCCCAUCUCAUGGGUCACUGACCCUAAGAGAAUUCCUUUCUCUUAUUUUUCUGUUCUUCUGCCCUAUCAAGACCAUUCCGGCCCACAGAACUCCUCCCUCCCAUCUCCUGAGGUCCCCAUUGCUUCCUCACUCCUCGCCAUGCUCCAGCUUUGGAAGGUGGUACGCCCUGCUCGGCAGCUGGAACUGCACCGCCUCAUACUGCUGCUGAUUGGUUUCAGUCUUGUCUCCAUGGGAUUCCUGGCUUAUUAUGUGUCCACCAGCCCCAAGGCCAAGGAACCCUUGCCUCUGCCCUUGGGAGACUGUGGUAGCAGUGGGGCAGCCGGCCCUGCACGACCGCCAGUCCCACCUCGCUCCCCUAGGCCUCCAGAAACAACCCGAACAGAACCCGUGGUUCUUGUGUUUGUGGAAAGUGCAUACUCACAAUUGGGGCAGGAGAUUGUGGCCAUUUUGGAGUCUAGUCGUUUUCGUUAUAGCACUGAACUAGCACCUGGCCGAGGGGACAUGCCCACGUUGACUGAUGACAGCCAUGGCCGCUAUGUGUUGGUCAUCUAUGAGAACCUUCUGAAGUAUGUUAACCUGGACUCCUGGAGCCGAGAGCUGCUAGACCGGUACUGUGUGGAGUACGGUGUGGGCAUCAUUGGCUUUUUCCGAGCCCAUGAGCAUAGCCUAUUGAGUGCCCAGCUUAAGGGCUUUCCCCUUUUUCUACACUCAAAUUUGGGGCUCCGUGACUACCAAGUGAAUCCUUCUGCCCCACUACUACAUCUUACCCGCCCCAGCCGCUUGGAGCCAGGACCGCUGCCUGGUGAUGACUGGACCAUCUUCCAGUCCAAUCAUAGCACCUAUGAACCCGUGCUGCUUGCCAGCCAUCGGACAGCUGAGCUCCCUGUGCCAGGACCAGGGCUCGGGCGGGCCCGGCUCCCAACUGUGGUACAGGACUUGGGGCUUCAUGAUGGCAUACAGCGGGUGCUGUUUGGACACGGCCUUUCCUUCUGGCUCCAUAAGCUUGUCUUCGUUGAUGCUGUUGCAUACCUCACUGGGAAGCGCCUCUGCCUGGACCUUGACCGUUACAUCUUAGUAGACAUUGAUGACAUCUUUGUGGGCAAAGAAGGUACUCGCAUGAAGGUGGCUGAUGUUGAGGCUCUGCUGACCACCCAGAGCAAACUCAGGACCUUAGUCCCCAACUUCACCUUCAACCUGGGCUUCUCGGGCAAGUUCUACCAUACUGGGACAGAAGAGGAGGACGCAGGGGACGACAUGCUGCUGAAGCACCGCAAAGAAUUCUGGUGGUUUCCUCACAUGUGGAGCCACAUGCAGCCACACCUCUUCCACAACCGCUCUGUGCUGGCCGACCAGAUGAGGCUCAACAAACAGUUUGCUUUGUUUCCUUUCUGUGGAGGCACCCCACCCUCUUUACCCUCUACUCCCCAAACUUCACCAGGUCCUGGUGAGAGUCUAUGCCAUUCCCAGGAGCAUGGGAUUCCUACGGAUCUGGGGUAUGCUGUGGCCCCCCACCACUCCGGCGUGUACCCCAUCCACACGCAGCUCUAUGAGGCCUGGAAAUCUGUAUGGGGCAUCCAGGUGACCAGCACCGAGGAGUAUCCUCAUCUCCGUCCUGCCCGCUACCGCCGUGGCUUCAUUCACAAUGGCAUCAUGGUGCUUCCCCGGCAAACAUGUGGCCUCUUCACCCAUACGAUCUUCUACAACGAGUAUCCUGGAGGUUCUCGUGAACUAGAUCGGAGCAUCCGAGGUGGAGAACUCUUUCUGACAGUGCUACUUAAUCCGAUCAGCGUCUUUAUGACACACCUGUCCAACUACGGAAAUGACCGACUGGGCCUGUACACCUUUGAGAGCCUGGUGCGCUUCCUCCAGUGCUGGACACGACUGCGUCUCCAGACCCUUCCUCCUGUCCCCCUUGCACGAAAAUACUUUGAACUUUUCCCUCAGGAGCGAAACCCCCUUUGGCAGAAUCCCUGUGAUGACAAGAGGCACAAAGAUAUCUGGUCCAAGGAGAAAACGUGUGAUCGACUCCCCAAGUUCCUCAUUGUGGGACCACAGAAGACAGGCACCACAGCUGUGCACUUCUUCCUGAGCCUGCACCCCGCUGUGACAAGCAGCUUUCCUAGCCCCAGCACCUUUGAGGAAAUUCAGUUCUUCAGUGGCCCUAAUUACCACAAGGGUAUCGACUGGUACAUGGACUUCUUUCCUGUUCCUUCCAAUGCCAGCACUGACUUCCUCUUUGAAAAAAGUGCCACCUACUUUGACUCAGAGGUUGUACCACGGCGGGGGGCUGCCCUUCUACCAAGAGCCAAGAUCAUCACUGUCCUCACCAACCCUGCUGACAGGGCCUACUCCUGGUACCAGCACCAGAGAGCACAUGGAGACCCAGUCGCUUUGAACUAUACCUUCUACCAAGUGAUUUCAGCUUCUUCUCAGGCCCCUCUGGUACUUCGCUCCUUGCAGAGCCGUUGUCUUGUCCCUGGCUACUAUUCUACCCACCUGCAGCGCUGGCUGACUUACUAUCCCUCUGGACAGUUGCUGAUUGUGGAUGGGCAGGAGCUUCGUAUCAACCCAGCAGCCUCGAUGGAGACCAUCCAGAAGUUCCUGGGUAUCACCCCUUUUCUCAACUACACAAGGACCCUCAGGUUUGAUGAAGAUAAAGGAUUUUGGUGCCAGGGACUUGAAGGUGGUAAGACUCGCUGUCUAGGGAAAAGUAAAGGCCGGAGGUACCCCGACAUGGACACGGAGUCUCGCCUUUUCCUUACGGAUAUUUUCCGGAACCAUAAUUUGGAACUAUCAAAGCUGCUGAGCCGGCUUGGACAGCCAGCCCCCUUGUGGCUUCGGGAAGAAUUGCAGCAUUCCAGUGUGGGCUGAUGCCCCAGCCUUCUCAUACCAGCAAAAAGCCUGCUGCUUCACUGAGGGGCAAGCCUUAGAACAGGGCCCAAAAGGGGGAUUAGAGUGGCCUGGCCCCUUACCCCUCUACCUCAGUGGCCCCCAGGAUUGGAAUAGCUGGAAAGGGAAGGGCAUCCAUUCCUUUGACAUAGUUUGGGGGCCUAAAAAAAGGGCCUUUCCCUUGGUACCCUGUUAUGGUACUAGGUACCUUUGACCUAUGAACCUGGGAGGUGAGGAAGAGAGGGUCCAGGGAGGGGGUAGAAGAAUGUAUUAAUUCAUUAUUUCCCUCUUCGUCCCCAGCAGCUUGUGUGUCUAUGCCUACCCACGAGAGGGCCCUUUGCUAAGGCCCCUUUAAUCAGACAGUGGGAUCUACCUGUGGCCUGGCCUCCCUAGUGUCAUUCACAUUGAAUGGGGAUGAGGUCGGACAAUUGCUCAUAGAGCUGAAUAUGAGCCCUAGCUGUGGGCUAGAAAUGUCCUUAAUAAACAUCCUUAUUUUUC